UCACUUCCUGCAUUUGCUGCUUUGUGAUGGCUGCUCAAACUUUCACUUUUUUGUGUGUAAUAAUAUGUAUAUUAUGGACAAAAAACCUCGCAGAGACUUCAGCCCCAAAUAUUAUCAUUAUGCUUAUGGACGACAUGGGUUGGGGUGACCUGGGGGUGUUGGGUCAGCCCUCCAAGGAGACCCCUAACCUGGAUGCCAUGGCUGCACAGGGCAUGCUGCUUCCAAACUUCUACACUGCCAACCCUCUCUGUUCACCAUCGAGAGCUGCACUUCUCACUGGGAGGCUGCCUGUCCGGAAUGGCUUCUACACCACUAAUGGCCACGCCAGAAACGCAUAUACGCCGCAGGAGAUUGUGGGAGGGAUCUCCAGGGAUGAGAUUCUGUUACCUCAGAUGCUGAAAAAGAAAGGAUAUGUCAGCAAGAUAGUUGGAAAAUGGCAUCUGGGCCACAGAGCGCAGUACCUGCCCACCAAGAACGGCUUCGACGAGUGGUUCGGAGCGCCCAACUGCCAUUUUGGGCCCUACAACAACAGCGGGCGCCCCAACGUCCCCGUCUAUAACAACUCUGAGAUGGCGGGCAGAUACUAUGAGGAGUUUAAGAUUGACAGGAAGACUGGAGAGUCCAACCUCACGCAGAUUUACUUGCAGGAAGGUCUUGACUUCAUCGUCCGGCAGACCGUGGCCCAACAGCCCUUUUUCCUGUACUGGGCGGCUGACGCCACUCAUUCCCCAGUCUACGCUUCCAGACGCUUCCUCGGGAAGAGCCAGCGAGGCCGCUAUGGCGAUGCCGUGAUGGAGCUGGACCACAGCGUCGGUCAAAUCCUGUCACGGCUGAGGACUCUGGGUAUCGAAAAUAACACCUUUGUUUUCUUUACCUCGGACAAUGGAGCCGCGCUCACGUCGGGCCCAAACGAGAGUGGCAGCAACGGGCCCUUCCUCUGUGGGAAGGAGACCACCUAUGAAGGGGGCAUGAGGGAGCCCGCCAUCGCCUGGUGGCCCGGAAACAUCGCAGCAGGCACGGUGAGUUUCCAACUGGGCAGUGUGAUGGACCUGUACACCACUAGCUUAGCGCUGGCUGGCAUCAGCCCGCCCGAUGAUCGAAUCCUGGAUGGACUGGACCUGACAGCAAUCCUCCUGAACACGUCCCAACCACUGCAAAACAGACCAAUCUUCUAUUACCGUGGGAAUGAGCUAAUGGCGGUCAGGCUUGGACAAUACAAGGCCCACUACUGGACUUGGACAAACUCGUGGGAUGAGUUUAAAAAGGGUGUGAACUUCUGUCCAGGUCAGGAGGUGCUGGGCGUGACCACACACGAGCAGACGGAGCACACCAUGCAGCCUCUCAUUUUCCACCUGGGCCGGGAUCCUGGGGAGAAGUUCCCUAUCAGUGUUUUGACCGGGGAAUACCAGGAGGUUCUGGGCCGCAUCUCUCCAGUUGUGGAGGAGCACAGGAAGACGCUCACACCAGGUGUUCCCCAGCUCAACAUGUGCGACGGGGCUGUGAUGAACUGGGCUCCAGCCGGCUGUGAGAAGUUAGGAAAAUGUCUCAAAGUUCCAAAAUCGGCUCCUUGGAAGUGCGAAUGGCCGCACUGACUGCACAUGAGCAAUGGACUUUUUUUUAAAUUUUUUUUAAUAGGCUACUGUUUUACAUUAAACAUCAUAUCAUGUCAAAGUCAGCUGGGAUAGGCUCCAGCGCACCCGUGUGAACAUGCUAAGUAAACAUACAGUAAUUAAUGAAUGGAGUGUGUGUUCUGAUACGGUAAGUCUGUUUUUUACAUGUUUUUGUACAUAAUUGCGAGAAUCACGUGUGUGUUUUACGUGCACACACAUGCACAAGAAUUAUUCAAAUUAAAAUAUUCAAAUAAAUAUGUUUACUUCCCUAAAUCUUCCAAACAACUCUCAGUAUGACGACGUGGAGUUAAAAGUGAGUAUUAAAGACACAAGCCUUGUGUUGGAUGAUGGCAACGUUGUACAGUUAAUACUUGUAUUACCUCACAAAAUAUUCAUAUUCAACAUGUCCUUAUUGCAAAAGUACACAUUCCCACGGAAUGAUGUGCAGUCGGUUUCCUGUUGUGUGUGCUGCAGAGUACAGUGUGAAGUGUUUUUAUUGUUUCCCACCAAGCCCAGAAGUGAAAGCAGACCUCAGACAAAGACGACCACAACGGAAAGUGCAGGGGAAACCAGAAGGGACGACAAAAGUAAGAAUGGACAUUAAAAAUGCAACUAAAUAUGUGUUUGUUUGAUGCUAUUAACCACUGGACAUGCAGGUAACUACCAAGAUUUAUACUGUAUCAGUAUUUUUACAAGUUAGUAGGUACAAUUAUAUAUUGAUUAAUUAAUUGUAUUGCUCACUUCAAUAUUAUAGUUCCAAAGCUGGUUACAUCAUUUUAUAUAUUCACACAAUCAUAUUUUGUAAUAAAUAAGUACAUAUUAAAUCAUGAAUAUUGAUCAUUACAAUUAUGUAUCACUUUUUUGUAUUGGGCAUUUUUGUAUAAAUUACUAUUAAUUAAAACAAAUUUGAAGGGGAUUUAUCAUAUAUCUUUAAAUAUA